GUGCUACUGGCGAAGUGGUGAAUAAUAAAAAUGGUUGACGUUCUCAAGAUUGUUGUUGUUGUGAAAGAGUGACAAUAAAGUAGUGUCUUACUAGAGUUGUAUUAUUAGCCUUAACCUGUUAUAUUGAGUGUAAUAGAGUUUACGCAUUUAAUUUUUAGGCAGUGAAAGCCCCUGCAUUCUGUAACUACUGUUCUGUAGAUACAUUGUCAAAUUGGAUUGCUUGUGGGAACUUUACAUAGUAGUAAUUAGAUUUUAUCGCCGCAGGCUUAAAAAAAGCAGAAAGUUCUUCAGAAGCUUGAACAAAAUGCCUACUCAGCUAGCAGCUAACUCUGAAGUUCCAGAGAUUAGAGUAAAAACAGCUUAUAAUGGAGAAGUCAUGAUCACAUACAUAGACCCACACAUCACUGUAGACCAGCUGUGCCAAGAAAUGCGGGAUAUUUGCAGAUUUCAGCAGGAUCAAGUGUUCACCAUGAAAUGGGUUGAUGAGGAGGGCGAUCCUUGUACAAUUUCUACCCAAAUGGAACUGGAUGAAGCUAUACGCCUCUAUGAAGUGAAUAAAGAUUCUGAACUCACCAUUCAUGAAUGGUUGCUGUCCAACACAACAAUCAAUAUCCAGUAUUUGGACUGUACUCAGAAUAGACUGGAUUGGAGAGGAAACUCGAGCUCAAUUAUUGCAAUUCCAUUAGUAAAUAAAUACGUUGGUUGUAGUGCCGCUUUUGCUUUUUCUCUUUUUCUCUACCGGUAGAAUCUCAGUGAUUCUGUUUGUUGUAGGUCUGUCUGGUUCAGAACUCUUUAUUGGUUGCGAAAGGGGGUAUUUGUAAUACAUUAAAAUGGCUGUAGACAUUAUGUUUUCAAUAAUUGUGAUACACUGAGUUUGUAUAACUUUCUGAAUAAAUUGUAGUGUUAGAA